GAAAAUGAAAGUUUUUUUGGGAUCCAAAUCCCAAAAGGUAAAUGUUUGUGACAGUCAGUAUCGGCAAACUUGUAAGCCGUACAUUUCGUGUACAGAGUUGUUUGACAAUACGUAGUUCAAUCAGUUGCUAUAUGCUUUAUGGAAACUGUAGAUUUGUAGAGCUUUCUGGAAAAAAAUCGAAAGAUUUUGCUUGGCCUUUCAAGCGGUUCUGUUGUUGUUCCAAUUUACCUCCAAAUGAGACAGCAGAGUCAUCAGUGUCGGAUACCUCAGAAUCAAAGCGUAGUGGUGAACCAAUAUUUAUUUCUAGAGCUAGGCAACUUGCGGAAAAGGCUGCUCACGAUUUGAGUUUAACUAUCGAAAAUAUGCACUGGAGUGGUGGAAAACUUGUGGUAUACAUAAGUCACAUAGACUCAGAGACAUCUCCCAACCUUGGUGACUGCUCAGCUUUAAGUAGAAGUCUCAGUCGACUACUAGACGAAGAUGAUGUGAUUCCUUUUUCGUAUCAGCUCGAAGUUUCUACACCCGGUCUGUCAGGAGUGCUCAAUACGGAUAAGGACUUUUCAGUUUUUAAAGGCUUUCCAAUCAGAGUUACUACGAGUGAGGAACACAAAGGGAAGAAAGAAUUUGGGGGUAGACUAGCAGGACACAGUCUUGAUGCAAUCCGAGUGAAUUCUGCUGGUAAAAUGACCAAGAUUCCGAGAGCUUUGGUGAAGCAAGUUGUUCUUAUCGAGUCCAGCAAGAUUUUAUAAACUCUUGUUUAUCUUCAUUUUCAACUGUUCUUCAAUGACAUGUUGAAGAAUUCAAAGAAUAUUAAUAUUGCUGUUUGAAUCUAAUUGAAGUCAAAUGAAAGAGCGUUUGAAAUCAUUCCUUCACGUUCUUUAAGGCCUAAUAAUGUCUGAUGAAAAUGAAGCUGUUUUCAUAUGA